AUGUCAAGCUGGUUCCUCAUACCGUCGGUGCUGGUACCGCUCAUCAUCGUGGGCGCGGUGGCAUCGCGCUUCUUGGGCGCAGGCAACAAGCGCGGCUACACGGGCAAGUACGAUCCCAAGACAGGCCUUGGUCGUGGUGCUCCCGGAUUCCAAACUGGAGUGAAGCGCGUGGCGGUGACGCCCGAGAUCGCGGCGAGGAUGCGCGCGGGCGAGCAGGUGUCGGCGGAAGAGAUCGAAGCGUCGAUUGCGCGAGCCCAAUCGCAAAGCCAGGCGAGCUCGAGCGCGGUGCGCAAUCCGAACGUCGACCAGGACUGGCUUCCGCAGGCUGGACGCAGUCCCGCAGGCAAGAAGAACAAGAAACGCUGA